CGAAUAUUGAACAUACUCUAAUGAAAGAAAACAAAGCGAAUAAACGUCGUCAAAAACAACACACCGAUGUGAAAUCUGAUAAUGAAAAACAAACGAUUCUCGUACAAUUAUUUGAUAGUAAUGAUCAACUCAUUGAUGAAAAUCAAACUAAUAAACAAGCCUGGAUUAAUUGUAAAAAAUUAUUAAUUAAUGAACAAUCGUAUAAUGUUGAAUACAAUGCGCCAGCUGUUAUUAAAUUUCGUUUUCCUGAUAUUAUUAUGGCGAAUACAACUACACCAGCAAUAGUCGAGUUAGACUAUGGAGAUUGUGAACAUUCAUUAUUUGAUUGGUUUAUUACAAAUGAUAUAAAAACAGAAGAAAACGAUGAAAAAACCGAAUGGAUACACGUACAUCGUGGACCCUUUUGCAUAUUUGGUGAUGAACAUAUCAAUAAAUUUGUACGUCUUACAUGUUUACCACGAAAUAGUUCGUUACGAGAAGGUAUGUUAGCUGAAUAUACAUCGAAAAAACGAAUUAUUCCAUGUCCGACUGAUUUACCAAUGAAUAGAAGACAUCAAUUAACAAAGCAAUAUUUUCCAAACGAUUCAAAUUAUAUUCGAUUAAUAUCUUAUAAUAUAUUAGCAAAUGGAUACGCAUCGUCAACGGGUGCAGGUGAAACCAUGUAUCCAUAUUGUUCACAAGAAUAUCUUCAACAUGAUUAUAGAAAACCACUUCUAUUAAAAGAAUUAUUAGGAUAUCACGCUGAUAUUAUAUCAUUACAAGAAUGUGAUACAACAUUUUACGAACGUGAACUUUCGUUAAUAUUAAAAGCAAAUGGCUAUUUAGGUGAUUUUCAAAUAAAAAGCGAUCGUGUACGAGAAGGCGAAGCUAUUUUCUAUAGAACAGAUCGAUUUAUUUCCAUCAAUAGUCACAGUAUAAAAAUUGGUGAAUAUUUACGUGAUGCAGAACAUUUAGAAAACAUUCGUCGUCGUUGUGCAUUGGUAUCGGAAAUCAAUACACAUUUGCUGGAACGAAAUACUGCAUUUCAAAUUUUAGCAUUACAACCAAAAGAACAAUCAAACGAAAUAUUUCUAAUAUGUAAUACACAUUUAUAUUUUCACCCAACAGCUGACAUUAUUCGAUGUUUACAAGUAGUUAUUGCAUUCGAACGCAUAAAAGAAAUCAAACAACUUUAUCAGCAACAAAAUAAAAAUGUUUCAAUCGUAUGGAAUGGAGAUUUCAAUGCUAACACAACAUCUUUGGCGUUUCAUCUUCUUUUUACGGGUGUUUUAUUAACGGAUAUUAAUCAUCGAUCGUACAAUGAAGACUACGCUGAAAUAACCAAAGAUUUCGAUUAUAAAACUUCAAUAGAAUUGAGUACUUAUUCGAAUUAUGAGUUUACAAAUUAUAUGGUGAAUUAUCAUGGUGUUAUUGAUCAUAUAUUUUAUGAUGCUAAAAAAUUCGAAUUUCACCGCUGUAUACCAAUGCCAACUCGGCAGGAAGUAACGAAGUUCACUGCUUUACCCUCAUGUGAAAUUCCUAGUGAUCAUUUGGCUGUUGUUAUUGAACUUGAAAUUAUUAAAUGA